CCCGCAGCCGCCGCCCGGCGCCCGAGAGGCCACCUGCGUGCUAGAGGCAAACUUUUGUCUCCCUCGGUCGCACCCAGGACGAUGAUCGGCUGAGAUGGAGGCGCCCGCCCCUGCCACUGCCCCGGAGAAGAAGGAAGCCAAAGGAGGGAUCCUGGAGGCCAGCGGUCUCGCCGACCUCGGCACAAAGACUUCUCCACUGGCAGUGGCCGCGGCCGUUGCCGCCCACGGAGUGCCGCAGCACCUCUUGCCGCCGUUCCCUGCGCCCUUGCCGGUUGACAUGCGCCACCAGGAGGGACGGUACCAUUACGAGCCUCACUCUGUGCACGGCGUGCACGGGCCUCCCACCCUGAGCGGCAGCCCCGUCAUCUCUGACAUCUCCUUAAUCCGGCUUUCCCCGCACCCCGCCGGGCCCGGGGAGUCCCCCUUCAGCGCCCCGCACGCGUACAUGAACCCCCACGUGGAGCACUACCUCCGUUCCGUGCACAGCAGCCCCACGCUGUCCAUGAUCUCUGCAGCCAGGGGCCUCAGCCCUGCUGACGUGGCCCACGAGCACCUGAAAGAGAGGGGACUGUUUGGCCUCCCCGCCCCAGGCACCAACCCCUCUGACUAUUACCAUCAGAUGACCCUCAUGGCUGGCCACCCCGCGCCCUACGGGGACCUGCUCACGCAGGGCGGGGCUGCCGCUGGCACACCCCACCUCCACGACUACCUCAACCCAGUGGAAGUGUCUCGCUUCUCCAGUCCACGCGUGACUCCCCGCCUGAGCCGCAAGCGGGCGCUGUCCAUCUCCCCGCUCUCGGACGCCAGCCUGGACCUGCAGCGGAUGAUCCGGACCUCGCCCAACUCGCUGGUGGCCUACAUCAACAACUCCCGCAGCAGCUCAGCGGCCAGCGGCUCCUAUGGGCACCUGUCGGCUGGCACGCUCAGCCCAGCCUUCACCUUCCCCCACCCCAUCAACCCGGUGGCCUACCAGCAGAUCCUGAGCCAGCAGCGGGGCCUGGGCUCAGCCUUUGGACACACGCCCCCCCUGAUCCAGCCCUCGCCCACCUUCCUGGCCCAGCAGCCCCUGGCCCUCACCUCCAUCAGCACCACUCCGUCCCAGCUGAACAGCAGCAACUGUCUGAGCGAGAGCAGCCAGAACAAGCAGAGCAGUGAGUCCGCCGUGAGCAGCACUGUCAACCCCAUCACCAUCCACAAGCGCAGCAAAGUCAAGGCCGAGGUCGAGAGCCUGCGGCCGGCCUCCCCGCUGGUGCUGACACAGGAGCAGCUGGCCGACCUCAAGGAAGACCUGGACAGGGAUGACUGUAAGCAGGAGGCCGAGGUGGUCAUCUACGAGACCAACUGCCACUGGGAAGACUGCACCAAGGAGUACGACACCCAGGAGCAGCUGGUGCAUCACAUUAACAACGAGCACAUCCACGGGGAGAAGAAGGAGUUCGUGUGCCGCUGGCAGGCCUGCACGCGGGAGCAGAAGCCCUUCAAGGCACAGUACAUGCUGGUGGUGCACAUGCGGCGGCACACGGGCGAGAAGCCACAUAAGUGCACGUUUGAAGGCUGCUCCAAGGCCUACUCGCGCCUGGAGAAUCUGAAGACGCACCUGCGGUCCCAUACUGGGGAGAAGCCGUACGUGUGCGAACACGAGGGCUGCAACAAGGCCUUCUCCAACGCCUCGGACCGCGCCAAGCACCAGAACCGCACCCACUCCAAUGAGAAACCCUACAUCUGCAAGAUCCCAGGCUGCACCAAGCGAUACACAGACCCCAGCUCUCUGCGUAAGCAUGUGAAAACGGUCCAUGGCCCCGACGCUCACGUCACCAAGAAGCAGCGCAAUGAGGGCCACCUCCGCGCCCCGCUGCUCAAGGAGAACGGGGACAAUGAGGGCUGCAGCGAGCCUGGUGGCCGGGGGCCCGAGGAGAGCACCGAGGCCAGGAGCAGCGGCCAGGCCGUGGAGGACUGCCUGCACGUCAGAGCCAUCAAGAGCGAGGGCUCCGGGCUGUGUCAGUGCAGCCCUGGGGCCCAGUCCUCCUGCAGCAGCGAGCCCUCCCCUCUGGGCAGUGCCCCCAACAACAACGACAGCGGCGUGGAGAUGCCGGGGCCGGGGCCCGGGAGCCUGGGAGACCUGACAGCACUGGAUGACAUGUCCCCGGGGGCCGAUGCCUCAGCCCUGGCUGCCCCCUCUGCUGGUGGCCUGCAGCUGCGCAAACACAUGACCGCCAUGCACCGGUUCGAGCAGCUCAAGAAGGAGAAGCUCAAGUCGCUCAAGGAUUCCUGCUCCUGGGCCGGGCCUGCUCCACACACCCGGACCACCAAGCUGCCUCCCCUCCCCGGAAGUGGCUCCCUCCUGGAAAACUUUGGCGGUGGCGGCGGGGGCGGGGGCCCAGCGGGGCUGCUGCCAAACCCUCGGCUGUCCGAGCUGUCGGCCCCCGAGGUGACCAUGCUGAACCAGCUGCAGGAGCGCCGCGACAGCUCCACCAGCACGGUCAGCUCGGCCUACACCGUGAGCCGCCGCUCCUCUGGCAUCUCCCCCUACUUCUCCAGUCGCCGCUCCAGCGAGGCCUCGCCACUGGGCGCCGGCCGCCCGCACCACGCCGCCAGCUCCGCGGACUCCUACGAUCCCAUCUCCACCGACGCGUCGCGGCGCUCCAGCGAGGCCAGCCAGUGCAGCGGGGCGGGCUCAGGGCUGCUCAACCUCACGCCUGCACAGCAGUACAGCCUGCGCGCCAAGUACGCCGCGGCCACCGGAGGGCCACCACCCACGCCGCUGCCGGGCCUGGAGCGAAUGAGCCUGCGGACCAGGCUGGCCCUACUGGACGGCCCGGAGCGCACGCUGCCCGCUGCCACCUGUCCCCGCCUGCUGGGGCCGCGGCGUGGCAGCGACGGGCCGGCCUAUGGCCACAGCCAGGGGCACAUGGGGGCCGCGCCCGCCUUCCCCCACGAGGUGCCCGGCGCCGCCACCCGCAGAGCCAGCGACCCAGUGCGGCGGCCGGACGCCCUGGCCCUGCCACGGGUGCAGCGCUUCCACAGCGCCCACAACGUGAACCCUGGUGCGCUGCCGCCCUGCGCCGAGCGCCGAGGCCUGCGCCUGCCAAGCCACCCGAACGCCGACGGCAGCCUGGCUCCCAGCGGCGCCUACUCGCCGCGGCCGCCCAGCAUCAGCGAGAACGUGGUGAUGGAGGCCGUGGCCGCAGGGGUGGAUGGCGGCGCAGCACCCGAGUCCGACCUGGGGCUGCCGGAGGACCUGGUGCUGCCCGAUGACGUGGUGCAGUACAUCAAGGCACACACAAGGGGCGCCCUGGAGGAGAGCCCCAGGCAGGUGUACCCCACCGAAAGCCCCGGCUUCUCCGAAAACCCCAAGCUGCCCAGCCCGGGGCUGCACGGCCAACGCAGGCUGGUGGCUGCAGACUCAAAUGUGGGUCCCUCGGCGCCUUUGUUGGAAGGCUGCCAGGUGGGCUACGGGGCAGCCUCCAGCCUGAGCAAGAGCAACAUGCCCGUGCAGUGGAAUGAAGUGAGCUCCGGCACGGUGGAUGCCCUGGCCAGCCAGGCCAAGCCUCCUCCCUUCCCUCAGAACAACCUGGCCGUGGUACAGCAGAAGCCAGCUUUUGGCCAGUACCCAGGCUACAGUCCACAAGGCCUCCAGCAGAGCCCCGGGGGCCUGGACAGCAGCCAGCCACCCCUCCAGCACCGUGGCGGAGUGCCUGCUGCAGCCAGGGUGAGCUACGUGCAACAACUGCGACAGCCAGCCGGGGGUGGCCCGUGUCCUGGCCUGACCUCCACCAUGAGCCCCCAUGCCGGCUACAGCCAGGCCCAUCCCCAGCUGAGCCCCGGUACCAUCAGUGGGGCCCUGAACCCGUUCCCCUCAUCCUGCAGCAACAUGGCCACCAAGCCAGGCCCCCUGGGGCUCCCUCAGCAGAUAGAAGUCACCCCAGGGCCUGCCAUGAUGGGCGGCCACCACAGGGAACUCGGGGUCCCCAACUCAUCCCUGGUUGGGAUGCCACCCUCUCACCCAGCCCAGGGCUACCCACAGCAGAGCCAUCACCUGGGAGCCCCUGGGAGCCAGGAGGGCUACCGCCAGGGCCCCAGCCUCCUGCCUUCCCACCAGCCUGGAUUCCUGGAGUCCCAGCAGGGCACGAUGGGAGCAGGUGCAGCGAGCUUUGGCCUCAUGCAGCCCCGGCCACCACCAGAGCCCAGCCCUGCUGGCCGCCACCGUGGAGUGCGUGCUGGACAGCAGCAGCAGUUGGCCUAUGCCAGGGCCACAGGCCAGACCCUGGCCACUGUGCCGGCCAGCCAGGAAGCAGCAGAGGCUGUGCCAAAGGGAGCGAUGGGUGCCGUGGUGCCACUGCCUCCCCAGCCACCUCCGCAGGAUGCAGGCGGGGCUCAGGACCACAGCCUGCUCUACUACUAUGGCCAGAUCCACAUGUAUGAACAGAACGGAGGCCUGGAGGGCCACGCAGGCAGCGCGGGCCCACAGCCCCAGCCCGCACAGCCGCAGGCCUGCCUGGACAGCGUGCAGCCCCAGUCCCUGCCUUCGCCGGGGGUCAACCAGGUGUCCAGCACCGUGGACUCGCAGCUCCUGGAGGCCCCACAGAUCGACUUCGAUGCCAUCAUGGACGACGGCGAUCACUCGAGCUUGUUCUCAGGGCCCCUGAGCCCCAGCCUGCUCCACAGCCUCUCCCAGAGCUCAUCCCGCCUCACCACGCCCCGCAGCUCCCUGACCUUGCCCUCCAUGCCCGCAGGCUUCAGCAACAUGGCCGUGGGAGACAUGAGCUCCAUGCUCACCAGCUUGGCUGAGGAGAGCAAGUUCCUGAACAUGAUGACGUAAGGCCAGGCCUCCCGCCCCUGACCGUGGCUAGCCAGAGUGUGGAGUUUCAGAUGAUCCCACCUCCUUUUUAUUUUUUUCCAAAAAAAGUAUUAAAUUGGCCUGAGGGAUGUUUGCCAGGGACUGGGGUGGACGGCACACAGAAGGUUUACAGGCAUUCUCCUGGGUCUUAAGGACGAUUAUUUUUUUAGAACACUAAAAAAAAGUCUCAAUAGGCAAGGAAGGAAUGAAAACCUCGGUUUCGCUGGUGUUUAUGGGCCCACUGUCCUGGCGUGUUCGCCUCUGUCAUUUGGCUAAUGAGGGGUUUCCGAGCUCAAGGGCUUUCCCUGGUGCCUGUGGGAAGCAGAAGGAGCCAGAUCGGGGUUUGAGUCAAGGCGAUCCUGGAAAUUCUGCUCCCGGGACAUAGCGUUUCUCCCCACCACCACCUGCAAGGAAAGCGAACUCCUGGGCCACAUGCAUCCUUACGGGGGGCUUGGAUCUAGAGGCCUCUGCUGUCCCCUGCCACCGAAGCGCAGUGUGCACUCUGCCUGCCCUGUGAUGCCGGGUUUGGGUAGCACUAGCCUCUGUUGAAUCCUGUAACGCUGAGUUCGGGGCCCACAGAUUGCCCCAGUGUGCGUGAGUGGGUGACAUGCAUUAAUACAGCCAGGAAAAGGGACCAAGAACACCUUGUACUCUGCGGGACAAGCCCGGCAGCUGCCCGGGGCCUCCCCACGCCAUGUUUACAGCCUUCCUGCAUGCGGAAUGUAGCCCCUCCUGGAAAGAAGUACCUCGGGGCUGCCGGAGCUGCUGCGGGCCAGGAGCGGACCAGCCCAGAGGGCUGCCUGUAGGAAGAGGGAGUAGCAUGUUUACCCCAUCGUCGUCGUCGUGUUUCUUCCAGUGCGCUAGCUGUCUGCCCACUUUGCCACGGGACGUGCCGCAGCCUGGCUCCUCCUCCGCCCACGUUCUUCCAGGCCAAGCCACAAGUGCAAUCCCUGUGUCUUCUGGCCUCCUUUGCCUCUGCCCUCCCCUGGUCAGUGAGCAGAGAAUGAUGGCAUGCAUGGUGAUUUGGAUGGGGUGGGAGGGUGAAGGUUUUAACUCUUGGGACUCUGAGGGACUGGCCCCGAAGGUUCUUGUUCAGUGUGACCAAGCCCCACCCAGAAACGGACUUUGGAAGUGGCUUCGGAAGACAUCAUUCCUGGACAGGAUAUAGGAUGAGUUGAUAUGUGUUCCCCUCUACACACACAAAUACACACACAUACACAUACCACCUCCUCCUCCUGAGUUCACGGUGACCAGGCCAGACGCACUGCGCUGCCCUGAGCUUGAUCCCGACCAUGACCCUGACGUCAGUGAGUCUGCUGACAGGGAGGGCCAGAAGUGUGUGAUCUGGCACACCCAAGUCCUCGUUGAGGUCCAGACACGAGGCCGCUCCCAGGGGCCGGCCUUGGGACUGCACCAGGGGGCCCGAGGCUCUGGGCUGGUGUCUAUUGCUUGCCAAGCUGGGAUUGUGGCCGCCCCUCCCCGACUGUAUAUCCCCUGUACAGCAGCCGUGGUCCCUGGAUAUACUGCAGGUGAAUCAGCCGCCGGAUUUCUAUCUCCAGAACAUUUGUAGCUUUUUCUACAUGCUAUGAACUGAGAUGACAUGCUCAACUUGUA